AUGAAUAAAAGUAACACUACUGGUUCAUCAUCUGCACAGAAUUUCAAACCAUCAUCAUCUAUUCGGCAUAGUACACCAAUAUUAUCUCGAAGAAGUUCAACAAGAACCAAUUCGAGAACGGUGACUAGUUCGGCAGGUGGAUCAGUAAGUCAAGGAUGUGUUUCAAAAACACAUAAUUCUCGUAGAGCUAAUCGAACAUCAAAAUUAAAACAAUCAACAGGAAAAGUAAAAGAUGUUGCUUGCCAUUCUAAUAAUGAUACUGCUGAUGAGAUGGAAAGUGAUGGUGCUAUUUAUAAUGUGGUUCAGCAACAUGAUAAUAAUGAACAACAUAAUUUAUUGAAUUUAUCUAAUGCAAGUGCUGAUACAGUUAUUGAUCUUACUUCGAAUAAAAACAAAAAUAUUGAAAAAAAACCUGUUGAAUAUUUUACAUUUAUAAAUGAAACUGGUAAAUAUAAAUGUUCGAUUUGUUCACAGGAAUAUAAAGCUAUGCAAUAUUCGGAUACAAAUCUACGAAGCCAUCUAGGUUUUAAACAUGCAAUGCAUCAAUAUUUAUUUCCAUCUCAGUUGCAACAAAGAAAUAGUAAAAAAUUUACAUCAACAAUUGCAUUGUUAGAUAAGCAACGAUUUGAUACAGCAGCAAUUCAAUGCAUCGUCGAUGAUGGUCAUGCUUUUGGAAUUUUCAGACGGCCUGGCAUGCAAAAAUUUUUAGAAAUAAUUAUUCCAGGUUAUCAUGGGCCGUCUAGAAAGACGGUCCGCAAACAUUUGGACAAGUUAUAUCAACAGCAUCGUACUUCAUUACGAGAAUCAAUGAAAAAAAUUCCAUUUAUUGCAUUAACUAUAGAUUUAUGGUUGAAUUUACGUCGUACACAUUUUUUAACCAUAACAGCUCAUUAUUUUGAUGCACUUAUGGAACAUUCAUCAAAAGUCAUCUGCUUCCGUCGUUUUCGUGGUCGUCAUUUGGCUUACCGUUUGAAUUCAUUUGUUAUUAAAGAAAUCGAAAAAUUAAAUAUUCAAUCAAAAAUCGUAGCUGUUACGACCGACAGUGGUAGUGAUAUUAAAGCUGCAAUGUCAACAAAACAAUUUGGAACGUGGUAUUCAUGUGAUGCACAUAAUAUUAAUUUAAUGGUGUCGUCAAGUUUAUGCUUAUGGAAAAUUCCAAAACAAAAAAAGUCAAAAAAAUCACCUUCACCGCCAACAACAACUUCUUCUAACCAUGAUUCUGAUGAAGAAUUGAACGAGAUGAGAGUAAUUGAUAACGACGAGGUACCUGAUGAAUUUAUUGAAGAUGAUGACAACAAUUCGGAAGAUGAUGAUCCAAUAGUAAAAAAAUCUGAUGAAAAUGAAACUGAUACUUCUUCAAAUAGCAACACCAGCAGCGAAGAAGAAGAAGAAUAUUUAGCAUCAUCACAACAAGAAAGACAACUAGAAGAACCACAACAAGAAUUGGAAAAAUUAUUAUCAAAUUCUGAAGAAUUAAAGAUUAAAAUUAAUCUUUUACUUAAAAAAUUACGAAAAUUAAUAUCGAUGAUACACAAAUCCAGUAUUUUGACUUCAUUUAUUCGUAGUGAAAUUCAACGAAAAAAAAUUGAUUUAGAUACAAUCAAUAAUUCAAAUGGUCAAGACAACGUCAAAAUAAAUGAACUCGUCAAAGAUUUUUAUGUUCGUUGGAACUCAACUUAUCUUAUGCUCAUACGUGUAAUAUCAAUUCAGCAAAUUAUCAAUGAUAUAACAUAUACACCACAAGCACAUAUUGGUUUAAAAUUCAAACAAAUUAAAAAAUUGAAGUCAUUGACAAACAGUCAUCUAGACUGGGAAUUAUUACAAGGUUUAGCUAAUGUUCUAGCUCCAUUUUCUUUGGCUACUUUGUGCUUAUCAGGCAGCAAAUAUGUAACAUUAUCAUUAUCUUAUUGGGUUCAAAAAAAUCUUCAUACAUUUUUAUCAACAGCAACAACUAAUCCAUUAGAAAAUGUAUUGAAACGUUUAUUAUUAAACAAGUUCAUAUUAUAUUUUGAAUCAAAAGCAACACCAGAACAAAGAAAUGGUAAAUUGAUUGCAGCGUAUUUAGAUCCAAAUACACUUGUUGAUUUAUCUGAUGAAGAAAUCAGUGAAGCUGAAUCAUUAAUUAUUAAUGAAAAUAAAGCACUUCGUGGUGAGCCACAACAGCGAAUUACAACUACAACACAGUCACAACUUCAACAACAACAACUUACAUCAUCAUCUUCUCUUCCAAAUACGAAACGUUCAUUUUCAAUUAUGACACAGUUUAAAAAUGCCUGCAAUAUUACAUCGGUAACAGAUACACUUACAACAAAACCAACACGAACAGUAAAACCAUUAUCUCUUAAAGAAGAGUUUAGUAUGUACAUGUCAAUAUAUAAACAGUCAACAGAUUUUGAAACAUUUUGGAAUCGAAAACAACAUAUGUUACCAAUUUUAACAUCAUUUGUAAGACGUUAUAGUAUUAUUCCAGCGACUUCAGUC